GGGUUUUAUAAUUGACUGGAGAGCAGCGGCGUCAAGGAGCGCUAUUUCCUCUCAUUGUCGAGAGGUCGUGAGCAGGAAGUCGGAAAAGAAAGCAGAAACAGAGGGGGCAGGGCCAUUUAAAAAUACCUGCUGCCCUACAAUAACGGGACCAAAAGACAGCAGCUCAUACGGGACAGCGCGUCGGCGAAUGCGUCGCAGAGGAGAUGCCGUGCUUCACGUAAACCCUACAUUCAUUAUGCACGUGCACUGCUGUCAUGAAACAACGGAGUUGUGGAACAUCAGUCUGUCAGCACUUCUUUAUUCAGAAACAACAUAUUGCAUGAGGACUGCAUGCGUGGACUGCAUGGUUUAGGAAAGAAGAUAAUAAUUCUGCACAUUCAUUCUUGAUUCAACUGAAUGCAUGUUGUGUACGUAAAUGAUGUAUUGUACGGGCUGUUCUCUCUGAAAGCAAGGCAGGUGCAUUUUAUGCGUUGUAGCGUUUUUGGAUAUUUUUUACACUGAUGGUCUUUCAGCAGCACUAACGUCGGGUUUGGGACAUACUGAAGUGCGCACAUCAAAUGCACUUGAUAAUUGCCUAACCAUAUAUUUAACAUGGCAUCUACAAUAGAGAGGAAGACACUGGAGGCAAACGAGGAACCCGUGGAUGAGGUGCUUCAGAUGCCACCAUCACUCCUGACGUGCGGCGGAUGUCAGCAGAGCAUCGGGGACCGUUUUUUCCUUAAGGCCAUCGAACAGUAUUGGCAUGAGGAUUGUCUUAGCUGUGACCUCUGCGGGUGCCGCUUAGGAGAGGUGGGCCGCAGGCUGUACUACAAACUUGGCAGGAAGCUGUGUAGACGAGACUACCUCAGGCUAUUUGGUCAGGAUGGGCUCUGUGCUUCCUGUGAAAAGAGGAUCCGGGCCUUUGAAAUGACCAUGCGAGUCCGUGAUAAAGUAUACCACCUUGAAUGCUUCAAAUGUGCCGCAUGUCAGAAACACUUUUGUGUUGGGGAUCGCUACUUGCUCAUCAAUUCGGACAUUGUGUGUGAGCAGGACAUUUUUGAGUGGACCAAACUGAAUGGCAACAUGGUCUAGUUUACUCCCCAUCAAACAUAUCCCUUUAUGCAGUCAAUUCUAAAAAGCACAGAACUUGAGAAAAAAAAGCACCAGCAACAUACAAUUUAUUUUCUAGUUUAAGGAUUUUUGUAAUCUAUUAACAACACAAAUAGAGUUUGUGUUGUAUUGCAAUAAAGGCUGAAUGCUAAUAGAAAGUUAGAUUUAAAGAUAGGGUGGGCAGUUUCUCAGCAAUAGCAAAAUAUCUUAAAAAGCAUAAAAGGGAUAAAGAUCCCAAAAUCAUUUCAGAGCCAACUCUACUUCCAAACAUAUGAAUGUAAACAGCCAGCAGAGUCUGCAAAGCUUCACAAGAGACGGCUUUAGUGGAGCAUGGAACCCGGCGCUUUCAAAUGACUUCAUGUCUUAUUCACCAGUAAAAGUAUAUAACAUUACAGUAAUAAUGAACUUAAUAACACUCUGUGACUUUAGCAAUGUAUCUACAACUCUGCACAGCCUUAUAAAACACUGAUAAUGUGUGAAGCACCAUGCACAAAGUUAUAUUAAUA